CUGGCCCGACACGCAGUGGUCGCCACUGUCCCCGCACCUGGACGCUGGGGUGGCCGCGUCCCAGGGGCGAUCGCGCGCUCAGACUCCCGCGCCGGCGAGGAUUCUCGCUCUCCAUGGGGUUGAGGGCCUGGCUUCGGACCGCCUGCUGCUUCUGCCACUGUCCUUGCCUGGAGGAGCCCUCUCUGCCCGAGAAGGAGCCCUUGUUCAGCAGUAAUAAUUGACAUUCUUCAUUUGGAGCAACUCUGGAGAGGGAUGAUGAAAAGAAUUUGUGGAGCCUACCUCAUGAUGUGUCCCACACUGAGGCGGAUGAUGACAGAAUCUUGUAUAAUUUGAUAGUCAUUCGUAAUCAGCAGGCCAAAGACUCAGAGGAGUGGCAGAAACUCAACUAUGAUAUCUAUACCCUCCGGCAGAUUAGAAGGGAAGUGAGAAACAAAUGGAAACGCAUUUUAGAAGAUUUGGGUUUUCAAAAGGAGGUGGAUUCUUUGUUGUCAGUGACUAAACUUAGCACCAUGAGUGAUUCCAAAAACAUGAGGAAAGCUCGAGAGAUGUUGUUAAAACUGGCUGAAGAGACCAGUAUUUUUCCAACCAGUUGGGAGCUCUCAGAGAGAUAUCUCUUUGUUGUGGACCGACUCAUUGCUCUUGACGCUGCAGAAGAGUUCUUUAAAAUUGCUAGUCGAACUUAUCCCAAGAAGCCUGGGGUCCCAUUCUUGGCAGAUGGCCAGAAAGAACAACCCUACUGCCCAUUUCCAAGUCCCUAAAGGACAAGAUCUAAAGGAGAAUGGGAGUUCUUCCAUUGGGACUCAACUACUAACCAAAUUUGGAUGACUGCAUGUAGAAGAGAAUGAGCAAACAGAGGGCUUGCUAAGUGAGAAAUGAUUCUGAGUCCUACAAGAUGUAAGGUCUUCAUGAGGACCUUGUUCUAAGAAAUGUUCCCAAUGCACUGAAACACCCUUGCAUCUAGAAGAAAGUUAAGGAAUUGUUUUGGUUAAUGGAAUAGUUCAUUAUGAGUGAUCAGAUUCCAACAGCCUAUUGCCUCAGCUUUGGUUUUGAAUGUACAAUAAGCUGUAAUCAUUAAUUCUGCUAGGGGAGUGGGAUAUUCUAAUUAAUAAAACAAUAUGAUUAUUAGAGCUAUCAUUGAAUCCCACACUGGAUUACCAUCUUAAAAUAAUUAUAAAAUGUGAUAAUACUGGGCAAAAUGUUCCAAAUAGGACUAGUUAUUAUAUAACUUCUGUUUGAUCUGGAAAAUGUGGUAGAGCUUUGAAGGAUGUCAGAGGCAUCAUUCUGAAUAUCAGUUGUGAUUGUUCAAAACUGAGAUGAAUCAAAUAAUAGAAAUGUCUAGAAGUGUUGCCCAGAAGUGAGUUCCAAAUAGAACUCCCUGCAGCAGUUACAUGUGAAAAGUCUGUCUUGUGGUACAUACAUCAUAAACCCUCAACAUUGUUGAUAGCUGGUUACCUCAUUUUCACUUAUUCAUUUUUAGUCCAAAAGCCCUUGGCAUUUUACCUGGGGUAGCAUCUGUCAACAGAAAUGUUUGGCUUCCACUUCCAUGACUUGUCUUUAAUCUGUUUCCAGCUUUUAAGCUGAGAGUCACACCUGACCAGGGUCCUCCCACACACUUGGCAGUGUGCGGGCAGUGAGGCACUGAAGGUCGUUGCUGGACUUUCUUCCACUCUGAAGAUGAUUUUCAGAAUGAAACAAGUUUGUCCAGUGCAGCUUGCUUCUGUCCUCUUAUUGAGAAAUCCAGCUUCAAAAGUUACCUGCCACUUAAGCCAUCAGCUUGCCAAGAGAUUGUGGUUCACUUUAUUAAGAGGCCUUUAAGGCUUUGUAGGACAUAUCAGUAAAUUUCUAAAAACAAUGGCAAUAUUUUUAUUUUUAUAGAUUUUUGCACUUCUGACUCAUAUUGGUCUUCUGACUUGUAUUGGUCUGUCCAGGGGAUUGUGACUUGAAAAGUUUCAUAUCCUAUUAGCUUUUAUGGUAGUGUACACAAUGUUUAAAAUAUUUAUUAGGAGAGCCAUGAUGUCCGUUUCUUAAGGCAUAACAGGCCAAUUUAACUGGUAUGUUUCAGGAACAUUCUUCCUAGUUUAAUAUGUAAACUAAAAGUUAUUUUAUUUUUUAUACUUGGCACUUAAUCCCUGUCUCAUGUUUAAAAUUAGCCUAAAGAUGUGUUCCCCCUCUUCUGUAGACAUUUAGACAAUAACGUAGAAUGAAACAAUAAAAAAAUCUUAAAACAUCAUACUGUUUUAAUUUCUG